AUGGUGGUGGACGCAAACGAUGUCGAUGCUGUGGCGGAUGCUGUUGAGCACAUGACUGCCAUCCGAGACACUGCUGCUGCUGCUGGAGACUACGACGCCGCAGCCGAGGCUCAUGAGCUCGCCGAAGAGCUCUCCGCCAGAGAGGCCGAGCUGAAGUGUGUCGAUCUCUCGGCACUGCACGCUCGCGAGAUGGCCGAGCUGAUGGCGGCCAACGAUGCACUGUUUAGUGAGUUUGUGGCCGGCUGGGAUGAGAAGCUCGAUGCCUUUGCAGGCUCGGCCUCGGAUGCGCUCGACGCGCUCCGCAAAGCCCACGCCGAAGAGGAGCAGGCCUGGUGGGAUGCCCGCGAGGCCGAAGCUGGCGCAAACAAGCUCUCGGUUCGCGCCUCGGCCCUUUUGCUGCAGAAGCGCAAGAUGGAGGAGCAGGCCGUCGCUGCGCAUCUCUACCAGCGCGCCAAGCAGCUCCAGGCCGAGAUCCGCGCCAUCGAGGAGAAGGAGGCCGCCGCCGCAGAGCACAACCGCAACGUCAAACUCACCCGAGGCGUCGAGCGCCUCCACGCCCGCCACGCCACCGAAGAGGCUGCGCUCCUUACCCGCAUCAACUCCAAGCGAGACGAGGGCAAGCGUCGGCGCCAGUCCGAGUACGAUGCCCUCCUCGCCCGCUUUCACAACGCAGUCACCACCCUUGAAGCCAAGCACAAGGCGCAGCUGCGGGCCAGCACUGCCUCGGGGCCGCCGGCGACCGCUUCGGGCACCAGAUCUGGCAGUACUGCUCAUCCCAAGGUGGAACUGACGGCCACCGGCUGGAACCCGAUCAUUUCGCUCCCGCACCGGCCGUCGAACUCGCCCUGUGGGUCCACCCGUCGUGGGCGUAGCCGCGGCCGUGGUCGUGGCCGUGGAGCUCGACGCAGUGUAGGCGCUGCCGGCAAGACCAAGACCAAGGCCAAGACGCCGCGCCGUGGGCCGCGGCCGCCUGAUGCCAAGGUGCGCGGAAGAAGACGCCGCGGGAGCUCGGUGCGAUCCAAGACGACUUGAGGAAAGAGCAGCAGCGUUUAACCCUAAAG